AUGGCAAUACAGAUGGCGAGGGACGACUUCUUGGAGGUUUCACUCCCACUUGUUACAUUACUUCGAAAGAAACGACUUUUAGGAGUGUACCUAAUCGCUAAUAAGGAACUAGUAUACUCACAUCUGGAGCAGGAAUGGGGCGAUGCUGCCAACAUCGCUGAAGUUCGAGAAAUGAUUGAAAAAUUCAAGAAAAACCGAGGAACUCUUUAUUGGGUUGUGGGCUCGAAGUCACUGGAACCCUUAUCUCGUAAGCUGCGUAACAUGAUGGCUCGUUAUCGUUACUGCCAAGUGUUUUCAGAAGGAGGGCUAUGA